AGUUUUACUUCAACUCUAUCAAAUUUAAGCUUUAAAGGCCCAUAGCAUUUGUAAAAACGUGUCCUUUAAAAUUAUACGUUAUUUUGAAAUUCAAGCACAUUCCUCGUAUGCAAACACAGAUUAAUGCAGGUAGGACCUUCAAUAUCGAAGCAAAAUUGUAAACAUUGGAAGAAAUCCAAGUGCGUAGACGAAUCAGUCGGGCAUGAGCUCAUCGACGGAACAGCGUUAUUGUAAAUGCUGCUUCCAAGGGAGACCUUGAGUUGCUGACUAAGGCGCUCAGGGGGAAGUUCGGAGAAGUCACAAAAGAAAACGUCAAUGAAGGUUUAAUGAGAGCAGCCAACAUGGGGAACUUUAAAUGUGUGGAAUACCUUCUUAGUGCAGGAGGAGAUCCAAAUGCCUUAGACAUGGAUGGCGACUCUCCGCUGAAAUUGGCAAUAAACAACAACUAUGGACGAAUAGGAAAACUUCUAAUCGAGAAAGGAGGUGACGUGAACAUGCUGGGAAGUAAAGGAAGAGUUCCCAUCCACGCGUCAGCUUACCAUGGGAACUUCAAAGUGACCGAGUUAUUGGUCGACAAGGGCGCCAAAGUCAACAUUAUAGACGAGUACGGGGACACCCCGCUCACUGUGGCCGCAGCCAGGGGGCAUGUGGCAGUGGUAAAACUUCUGAUUAAAACUCAGAGAUCUCGGGGACAGGAGACACCAGAGGCUGAACGAAACAGGGAUUUGAAUGUUGCCAUUUUAAGAGCAAGCGCAACUGGCAAAGCGAAUUGCGUUAGGGAACUGCUGGCAGCAGGGGCAAACGUGAAUUACCGAGAUGGUUGGUACGUGACGCCUCUGAUACACGCGACUCAGAGAAAUAACCCAGAAGUUCUAAAAGUAUUAUUAAAAGCGGGAGCGGACAUAACACUCACGACUUCCCAUCAAAAAGAUGCUUUCCACUACGCCGUUGUCAAAAAUUAUACCGAAUGUGUUAAACUUCUGUUAGAACACGGAGCUAAUCCAGAUGGUUACGACUUGUAUCUAGAACAAGGCACGGCAAUUUUUGACACUCCUAAGAAACAGGAGCAAGUGCCCUUGAUGGUGGCAGUAACAAAUAACAACGCAGAAGUUGCAAAAAGCCUAAUUCAAGCUGGGUGUCACAUUAAUAAGCACAUGAAGCAAGUGGAUCUUCUGUCCUCUGUAAUAUACGUUGGAAACCUCAGACUCGCCAAAAUCCUGGUCUGCGCCGGGUGGAGUCCCAAUGCCAUUCGAGUCCUGUUUCAAGAGGGCGUGGUCGGAGAGGCCUGUGACGAGUUGUCUAUCUGGUGUCAGGAUGUCAUCAGUAGACCACGCCCAUUAUUGGAAAUAGCCAGAACUUGUAUUGCAGAAUGUUUGUACCAGCAUGAUUAUACAAGAAUUGCCAGAGGAAAGAAAGUGGCCUCAUACAAAAACAAAACUGAUCAGUUGCCAUUGCCAACACCGCUGAAAAAAUAUCUGCAGUAUUCAGAUUUAGAUCAUCAGUAAGCAAAUGAAUGCAGA